AUGCGGCUCGGAUCUCGGAAUAAAGUCGCGCAUCCCGAGGACAAUAUUCAUCUCGACGGGCCAGAGCUUAACCGAAGAGGCUAUAGUGACAAAGUCCUCAAGCUCAAAGUUCUGACGCGGACAGCUAUGAGAACUGUUCGGAGCAAAAACGGAAAGAUGGUCAGCGCAGCGCGUAGCGAUCUCUCGAAUUUCGUCAGAGAGAACUCGUUCAGUAGGAGACCCCGCCUGUGGGCAACCCCGAUUGAAAACUAUUUGGCGGAGCAGGUUCAGUUGACAGCCGAGGGACUUCUCAUCAGGAUACAGAAUGAUGCGUUGACGUUCUUAGACGUUCGAGAAGACCUGGCCAACCUCUUGAGUUUGUUCGAGAGAAUCUCCGACAACGACAAGGACUCAGCCGAGGUGCUCUCCAUGUACCUGCGGGCCCUGUUGUUGAUUCUCACACCGGUGGCUUCGGCCUUGGAGGAAGUCAGCCAUGUUCGAUGCACGAAUUGGAUUGCGGUACGGGAAAUAUUGCCCGCGGUGCCGGACUCGGCCACACGAAGGAAAAAGCGCGGCAAGGAGAGAGGAAUUCUCGUACCGUCUGUGUCGAAUCUGGCGAAGAGCCGCCUGUUGGGUGCAGGAGGUUUCGGAGCUGUGUACAAAGUCCUGUUCAACGGACGCAUCGUCAUGACCUGCAAGAUAAUAUCAAGCAAGAAACUGAAAAGAGAGCGGGUCAAGUGUGCUGACAAACUCGUCGCCUCUGUCGCCAAGAGCCAUUUCGUCGUCAAGAUCUAUGCCAGCUUCGAGGCAAAGGGAGCCUUCGUGAGCUUGAUGGAGUAUGUCCCUGGGAUAGACCUCUACAGAAUCCUGAAGAACCAGCCCAGCCUGUCCCCUCAGAUCAUCCGGAUCGUUAUCGCACAGCUUUGCUUGGCGAUACAAUUCUUGCAUAUGACGGGAUUCAUCCAUCGGGAUAUAAAGCCUUCGAAUAUAAUGCUACAGGCAGAUUGCCGAAUUUGCAUCAUUGACUUCGAAACGUGUAAGGUCUGCUCAGCGAACUUCCUCGAGCGUGUCACGAGCUCCUUCGUCCGCAAAACUUAUGCGGAAUUCCGCGACGGGCAAUCGGCGGGAACGCUGCAUUACAUAGCCCCGGAGGUCUUGAAUCGAUCGUCCUAUGGCCGCGCGAUAGAUUGGUGGUCGUUGGGAGUCACUGCUUUCAUGUUCGGUGCUCAAACAUUGCCUUUCCGAGGCAAAGACGAUAAGUCAUUACAGAAGAAGAUAACCUCGAAGACACAAAACGUCGAUUUCGAUCUAGUUCUGGAUCCGACGUUCAGGAACCUCAUUCAAAAAUGGCUGCAGAAACGUCCUCUCGACCGGCUCACGGGCCACAGAAUGACCACGAUUAUGGCACAUGAAUACUUUGAGGGCGUCGAUUGGCCGAAACUCGAAAGAUCUUCCUCCCUGGGAAUGAACAGGGAGCUGCGGGAAUACUUCAUGGUCGACGCAGCGGGUAGAUACACUCCUAGGAGCGACAGCGAAGUCUGUAAGCCGAGAUACAGACCUUUGCUCGACAUACACGAUCUGAAGGAUCAGAAAAAACACACGCCGCUCUAUACGUUCGUCUCGAGUGGUAUGCAGCAGAUGCUAAAGUCGAUAGAUACCGAUGAGCCUUUCGCUAGAUCCUGGGACGACAGAACAGACCCAUUGGGAUGUCGAAUCAGUUUGGAUUUGACUUGUUCCCAAAAAGCCGGCCAUUUCUUUGAGGGUUCAUGCGUGCAGCGGGUGAUUCCCGACGGCUCUAACUCCGCAGCCGCAUCCGAUAGAAAUAAGGAUAGGGAAAUAAUAAAAAAGUAUUUCAUGACUCCUAACUCUACUAGGCAGAAACUCGAGCCUUUGAGCAUCCGCCCUUCGGCUAUGACCGUCCGUCUGCUCUACACGGCCAUAAGCGGCCGGGCCGGAAUCGCCGUCCUUGUGAACAGAUUUUGGCGAUUUCCGGAGUCGCCUCCCGAAGAUUGUAUGGUGUCAGCAGAGCAAAUUCUCAAGUACUCGGAAGCUCAAAUUAGUACUGGAAUUGUCUAUCUGGCUACUCCCGUCAAGAACGGGACGGCUGCCCACAGCGGUGCGGGAUGGACCUCAGAGUUCACGACUCGAGGGGAUAUCUUCACGGAGGCCUGA